UGAGCAUGUGUAUGUGCCGCUUAGCUGUUAGCAUUUAGAGAUGGCCGCAGACAAGCAAAACGACACGAAAGUGUCAUCCCUUGAUGAAAAUAAAAACAAAUCAGCGGAUGGAGGUAUUGGACUGGAAAUUUUGCAAAUAAUCAAGGAGUCCCAGCAGCAGCAUGGCCUCAGGCACGGAGACUACCAGAGAUACAGGGGUUACUGCUCCCGCAGACUGCGCCGCCUGCGCAAGACUCUUGGCUUCAAGAUGGGCAACCGACACAAGUUUGUUGGAAAGAAAAUAACUGUUGAAAUGAUUUCUGACAGCAGGUAUCUUUUGCUAGUUUUGAUGGAGGCAGAGCGUGCAUGGAGUUACGCCAUGCAGCUGAAGCAGGAGGCCAACACGGAGCCACGUAAGCGCUUCCACCUGAUGGCACGACUUCGCAAGGCUGCCAAGCACAGCGAAAGGCUGGAGAAGCUCUGUGAGAGCCCCCGUGUCGAUGCUAAGACCAAACUUGAGGCACAGGCCUACACUGCAUACCUGACUGGUAUGGUGGAGUUUGAACUUCAGGAGUGGAAGCUUGCCAUGGAGGCCUUCAACAAGUGCAAGACCAUCUAUGAGAAGCUGGCCAGUGCUUUCACUGAGGAGCUGGCAGUGCUGUAUCGCCAGCGUGUGGACGAGAUAUCCCCCAACAUCCGCUACUGUGCUUACAACAUUGGUGACCAGAACGCCAUCAAUGACUUGAUGCAGAUGCGACUGACUGGUGGAGGAGGAGGCAUGAUGGCCGAGAAACUAGAGGCCCUGAUCACUCAAGCGAGAACCAAGCAGGCCGCCACCAUGAGUGAGGUGGAGUGGCGAGGGCGGUCGGUGCCCGUCAAAAUCGACAAGGCCCGGGUCUUCCUGUUGGGUCUGGCAGACAACGAGGCGGCCAUCGCUCAGACGGCUAGCGAAGAGACCAAAGAGCAUCUGUACGAGACGCUGCUGGCCGAGUGCAGAGACACCAUCCAGGCUGUGAGGGAGGAACUCAAGAGUGAGGCGAAGCAACGAGAGAGGAGCUCAGAUGGUGACAGCGGCAAGGUGUCCAACCUGCAGUUCCUGCACAGUUACCUGACCUACAUCAAGCUGUGCACGCUGGUGAAGAGGAAUGAGAGCAUGGCCCACACUCUGCAGGCCAAACUGAAGGAGCCUGAAGCCGACGAGGACAAGAGAGGACCCCGCCCACAAGACCUGAUCCGCCUCUACGACAUCAUCCUGCAGAGUCUGGCUGAGCUGUCCACCCUGCAGGGCCUGGAGGAUGACCACACCUUCCAGAAGGAGGUGUCCCUGAAGACGCUCGUCUACAAGGCCUACAGGUGCUUCUUCAUAGCUCAGUCCUAUGUGCUGGUGAAGAAGUGGAGCGAGGCCCUGGUGCUGUAUGAGAGGGUGCUGAAAUACGCCAUGGAGGUCCAAUCUAAGGCCAAGAGCCUCAACAACAGCCUCAAGGAUCUCCCUGAUGUUCAGGAGCUCAUUGCCGAGGUCAACGCUGAGAAAUACUCCCUUCAAGCUGCUGCUAUUUUAGACACCGAAGAGACUGCUGAAGUUCCCGCCAAGCAGCAGGUCAAAGACAACACGCCCCUCUGCAACCGCCUGGAAACCUUCCGCCUGGACCCUGCCCUCGUAGGAAAGCAGCCCAACUUGGUCCAGUUCCCUCCCGACUUCCAGCCAAUCCCCUGCAAGCCCCUGUUCUUUGACCUCGCUCUCAACCAUGUGGCCUUCCCUCCCCUGGAUGACAAGGUGGAGCAGAAGGGAAAGGGCGGCCUCACCGGCUACAUCAAAGGCAUCUUUGGCUUCGGCAGCUAAAUGUAUCGCCCGGCUGUGGUUUCCACAGGAGAGCCACACGGUCCCCGAGUUCACCACAGAACAACCAGACUUGGGUCUGUUGUUAAUUCGAGUCAUUUAAAUUCAUUUUAAGUCUGAUGAUGAGUGCCUGAGUGCAAGACGGGUGGAGUUUGCAGUUCUGAGGAAUGGAGAGUGAGUUUGACCUACUUAAAGAAAGUUAAUCGAAUCAACUUCAAGUAGCAAUAUGACCCAAGUUCACCUACUACCCUCAGUAAUAACACCCGGCUGCAGUGAACAGGCUGAAUGUGAGCCGCGGAGGUGUCUGUCACCUUCAGGUUCUACAGGUUACGAGCCGUGGUCUCUCAGUACAGCCAAGAUGUACCAUCCUGUCAGAGUAAACUCAGCCACUUGGGGAUCAUUAGUAGUUAUUCUUUUCUUUUUAAUCUUUACGUAAGCGCCUUCAUGUAAUUACAUUUUUUUUUCUUUGUGAAAGAUGUUUUCAGCAUCUUUUCUUAAAUAUAAAAUGUACAAUGUGCUGUUUUGUUAUGGCAGCUACUUUGACUCAAAAAAAGUAGGGGGCUUAAAAUACUCUUAAUAUCCUGCGACAUGUUGUUUGACAAACUGAGGCUUUUUUAUCAAUCGCAAUAGUUCAGACUAUAGACUUCAGCUGCCUCCCAUUUCUUCCCUCCACCUUCGCCCUGGUCUCACCUGCUUUGUGCACCAAGAAACCUGUAUGUGUUUGAAAACUGCACCUCAUUUACUCACUUAGUGAGUCAAGUACAAGGAAGUUUCAAGUGCAUCAACAGGAGGAUGAAGACAUGAACCAAGGUGUGAAAUGUGUUUGUUAAAUGCUGAAUGUUUGAGUGUUUUAAUUGGUCAGCUACAUGUUGUCCUGUCACAUUGGACACUAAACCUGCUGUCCUGGAAGAAGGGUCCAAUGGCUUCAGUCUGCUAGAUGGAAGCACAAGCUGCGAUUUUUUUUUUUUAACACCCCUCAGUGUCUCAAGUUUUCUACAUAAGGGUCUCCAGGCUCUUCACACUAUCAUGAACAUUUGUAUUUGCAUUUCAGCUAAAUCAAUUGAAUAGAACAGCAGUCAGCAUUAAGGAGUGAAGGGAGUAUUUAGCAGCCUUUCACAUAUCACACCACCAUGUCUUUGGAUAAACUGUGACUAUAAAACACUUUUGUUACUCCUUGUUUGCCAGUCACUAUGUCCACAUUAUUUCCUCUGAUCCUUAAGGGACCGAUCCACCGGGUUAAACACUAGCUGGAGAAUUGUUUCAGUGUCACUCUCCCACCCCAAAAAAUUAUACUGUUUUGAUUACUCAUUGUUAUCAAUGUCUUUGGUUUUCAUUUUUUUUUUUCUUUAAAUGUUUUAUGUUAAAUAAUUGAGUCGGUCGUGCUGGAAUAGCUCCAGCACUUUACCGCGAUCGGCCUGGAAAAAAACAAGAUAGUUAUUUGUUGUAAACACAAGUGGAAAGAGAAAUGAACUGAUAAGAAUGUAUGAUUUGAUUACUUUUCCAGGUUGAUUAUUAAAAUAUAUUUGCGCCAAA